UGCCAUAGAUACAUACAUAUUGUGUAAACAUAGUACAUGUAAAUAUUAAGUUCCCCCAAUAAACCUGUCCAAGGACUGUAAUCAUGGCUGCUUCUGUAGUACCACCAACUGCAGAAGGGAGUGGUACGUACACCUACUCUUCUCAGCCAAGAGCUGUCCAGCAAAGACAAAAGUUCAGAGACCAGAAUCAGUACAACAACAUCAUGUACGAUCAUCGCAUUGUGAGGGGAAAUACAUAUGCUCUACACACCCUACCAGCAUCCUCUCAGCCAGACCCUCUGGAGCUACAGAGGCAGCAAGAGUCUCGACGUAGAGCUUUGGCCAGGAAGAGAGCACGGGACCAACUGAGACCACGCUCACCAGAGCCAGUGGAGGGCAGGAAGCAUAUCGAGGUACAGACAGAGCUCUAUCUUGAGGAAAUAACAGAUCGAGUUGAGGAGGCUGAUAUACAGACCCAGACUGAUGCAUUCCUGGAUCGACCACCUACCCCUCUGUUUGUGCCUGCUAAGACUGGUGUCGAUGUCUCCACUCAAAUAGCCGAGGGAGAUCUGUUUGAUUUCAACCUUGAAGUGAAACCCAUCCUGGAGGUACUGGUCGGGAAGACGGUGGAACAAGCUCUGUUGGAAGUGAUGGAGGAGGAGGAACUUGCCAGCCUCAGAGCUCAGCAGCGUGAAUUUGAGGAGAACCGUAAUGCUGAGGUGGUGGAGACUCAACGACUGGAUGAACAAGAGAGACGACGAAGAGAAGAAAAGGAGCGUCGCCUGCAGCAACAGCGAGAGGCUCUACUCAAGGAGAAAGAAACAGCCGAGAAGAUUGCUGCAAGGGCCUUUGCACAAAGCUACCUUUCUGAUUUAGUGCCAUCUGUGUUCAACACACUCAAGGAGCAUGGGUUCUUCUAUGACCCAGUGGAAAGAGAGGUGGAGACAGUGUUUAUGCCUUGGCUCAUGGAUGAAGCUUUAAAAACCCUCGAAAAGACUGUUCUAGCAAGAGCCAUGGUUGAUGUGAUUAUCCGUGAUAUUAUUGCCAAGCGUGUUGGUGUCCCUGUGUCCAAGCCCUCCACCCCCGAACACUCUGAGAACACCGUCACUGAGGCUGAACCCACCAGUGAAGAGGGAACUGCACCCAAAACAGAACCUCUUGAGAAAGUGUUUGGAGAGAAAGAUGACUCCACUCCAUCUCAGCCACCUGCAACUGAUUCUGAGGUCCAACCAACUGUUGAUCCCCCACCAGAGACUACCCAAGCUCCUGCUGAAAGUACUGAACCCCCUACGAAUGAAGCAACUGUCAAGCCACCCGCUGACCCUCCAAGUGAUCCACCCGCUGAGCCACCAAGUGACCCACCCACUGAACCUCCAAGUGACCCACCCACUGAACCUCCAAGUGACACACCCACUGAACCACCCAGUGACUCAGCCGCUGAACCUCCAAGUGACCCACCCACUGAACCACCCAGUGAACUUCCAAGUGACCCACCCACUGAAUCUCCAAGUGACUCACCCGCUGAGCCACCCAGUGACCCACCCACUGAACCUCCGAGUGAUUCAGCCACUGACCCACCCACUGAGCCAGCUCCAGCUGAAGACAAAAUUGAAACAUUGGGAGAGCCUACAGAAGCUACAGAGCAGCCUGUAACUGAGGAGACACCUGCUACUGAAACUGAAGAAAAAACUGAUUAACAAAAAUUAUUAUAAUUUUUAGUCUAGCUUUCUGUAUGUCGCUAUAAUUAUUAACCUAUUAUGUUAAUUUGCUGUAGCAAUAAUUUCAAGACCAUGAAUAAGAUCUUCUAA